GAGUGAAGGCAGCACCAUGUGCCAGAGAAAGAAAAAACAGUCGUCCCUCAUUCUGCCCUUCCAUCGGGCUCCAAAAUUCCUGCGGUUUAAUCCCUAUAUCAAGAAGGGGUACCGGGCAAACCUCUCCACGUUCGAGUGCUUCCGCAGUCUCCUGUGGUGGACAAAUGAGACGCUGAACAUAUGGUCUCACAUUGCCGGGUUUGUUGUGUUUUUCGGCUUAUUUCUUUAUGAUGUAAAUGUUGUGUACUACAAGUACCAAGCCACAGAGAAUGAUGCAGUAGUUGCUUCAUUUGUGCUGCUGUGUUUCAUGACUUGCAUGAUUCUCUCUUCCCUGUACCAUACACUAAACUGUCGUUCUGAAGAAUCUUGUCGGAAGUGGCUCUCCUAUGACAUUUUUGGGAUAUCUGCGUCAUUUUUUGCCAUCUUCCUCAGUGGGAUCUACUAUGGAUUUUGGUGCUCGGAGUUUAUACAUCUGCGUUACAUGUAUAUGGCCUUGGUAUGUGUCCUGUUUGCUGGAGCCAUGAUCUUCCUGCUCACUCCAAAGUUGAUGGGUCAGGAGUGGGAAUGGGCACGAGUGACACUGUUCACAGGCUGGGCCGUGUCGGGUCUGUUGCCCACAAUUCACUGGACAAUCCUGCAUGGGGGUGUCAGCACAGGGAUAGUCCAGGUUUUCUUACCUCGUAUCUUCAUGAUGUAUGCCAUCAGUGGGACAGCUGUAGUUGUCUAUAUGUGGAAAAUACCUGAAAGAUAUUUUCCAGGUCGCUUUGACUUCAUCGGGGCUUCGCACCAGCUGUGGCACCUCAUCAUAGUCGCUGCCCUGGUCUAUUGGCACCAGACGGGUUUGGAGUAUGCCUACUACAGAAUGGUCUUUGGUUGUAAUGGCAUUUCUGCAAAGGACUAACAGCAUUCAUCUUUUCUCACCUGUGAUAUUUGGUUACUUAAGAGAAAGGCAAGAGUCUUUAUUAAAUAAGGAUUUUGUUAACACUGUUGCCGUUAUUGUUGUUGUGUGUAUUGGUUGUUAUGUUCUUUGUGUUUUAGUUGUAACUAUAAUGCAGAAUUUUUAUUUUCCCUUUUUGAAUUUAAUUUUUUCUCAUAGACAGAUGAAUGCUGUCUUGAAAGGGUUGCAUAGUACAGUAAAAUAAGGAAAGCACUUUUAUAUGCCUCACUGUUCUACCUAUUCUGUUAUUUAUAGCUGGCGAAGAACAAGCUUAGAAUCUAAAGUUAAGUGUAGGAAAACUUUUUUUUUUUUUUUCCUCUUAUCAAAACACUAUCCUUUUGAUGAAAUGGCAGAAAGACCCUCCAUGCAUAGAAUCAUUAUGGAAAGGAUAAGUGUGGUGUCGGUAACAGAUGAACUAUAGGCUUUGAGAGGCAGCUGGAUAUAAAUGAUAUUAAUUAUUUUUAUAUCUCUUUCUCAUGAAAAAAAGGUCAGCAGAUUAUGGGUGGGGGGAUUUCUCUCUUCUACUGUGGGCAUGAAUAGAAGUGUUACAUAUUUUUAGAAGAAAUAAUGAUGAUGAUAAUCAAAUGUUCAGAGUCUUCCAAGUUUUUGCUACCUCAAGAGAGUCCAGGUAUUGGCCUACGAUAUCAUCCUGAUCGUGCAAUAAUAUUUCGUAUAGAUGUUUUUGAAUGUCAAAGUACAGAGUUUCUUCAAGGGAAGCCAAGGUGAAUAUGUGACUUUCUCAAAGAUAAAAAGCUGAAAGAAAAACAAAGUAAGAUACAGUGAGAAUAUGUGUAUAAAUAGAUGUCAUAUCAUUUUUGUACGUUGUGAAUAAAAAUAUUUCUGAACUAUUACUACUCUGUGAUAUCAAGCUCUCUUUGAUUGAAAAAUAUACUGACUGCGCUGGGAGGUGUAGAAAAAAAUGGAGGGAACUUGUGAAAACUUAAUGGCAAUAAGAAAACUCAAGUAAGGUGCUUUAUCAUAACUGAUUUCUUUAACCCUUUACUUUGUAAGUAUGAGUCUGUCAGUUAAGGUGUUUUUUCCACAUUAUCCUUUAAGGUAAAAGGCAUUAAUGAUAAAACUUUCUACGGAAGUCAGUCAACUUCAUUUAUUAGAGUGAGAAAUUCUAGGUUUGAGUAUUUGUUUUGUUAAUAUAAAGUGAGAUAAACUUGUUUUUAUUAGAAAUAAUGAUCCCAGAUUGUUGGCUGGAGGAGACGAGUGUGCCUGGAAUGGUGGUUUCCUAGUACUUUUAAAAAAGAGAGAAAAACAGCAUUUUAAAUUAGAAAUAUAUUAUAUAUUUAUUUAUUUUUCUCAUCUCUAACCCAUACUUGGUUAGGUAGACAUUCACGGAAAGCCUGUCAUCCCUGUCUGUGGGGAUCUAUCAUACUAGAGCUUUUUGCUGUCUAUUUAUUGUGUGAAGCACCCAGUACAGUCAAGGUUUUCUGGCUUGAUAAAGACCUGGGGAAUUGUCCUGCUUUUAUUUCUGAUUUUGCCUAACCAUUAAAAUGCCAAUCAUAGAUUUUAUGACCAGAUGCCUUCCUGCUUCCUACCUUUUAGCUUGGGACUGGCACCUCAGGAAUCUUGCUUGACUGCUCCAGUGCCUAGUUUGCUUAUCUGAUUAAAAAGUGUUUCAUAUGAUGAAUCGGUACUUGAGUAUUUAAAAUACAUUUUUAUGCUGCCAUACUUCUCUGGCUCAAGGACACAGUUUCUGGCCUUUCCAAUUCAUUUGUCUGCCCAUCAAUUUGUUUAUCAGACAUGUUUCUCAUAUGCUGAUGUGGCACAAGUAUUAUACUGGAUGCACUGGUUACCACAACUUUCCCUGUUUUAUGCAGGCUUGGAACUUGUGCUAAAAUGGGUCUCAUUGAUUUGCCAUACACAAAUUUAAUGGCCCUUAAAUGUCUGUGGUCUUAAACUGUAGUGAAACAUUUGUUUAUAUUCAGCAUUUUACUAACCAGUGAUUAUUUAUACAUUGUUCAUCCUGAUGUCAAUAUCUUUUUUUGAAUACUGAAGCCUGAUUUUCUUUAAAAUCAUUACGAAUGUAGUUGGCAGAUUCAUAUGUUCAUUAGGUAAAGGGUUAGGGCAAUUAUAUGUAGGUGAUAAGUUUUGAGUAAUAGCUCUAGAAUAUUCAGGUAUCUCAGUUUUGUAGGUAGUCAUUAUGUUCUUCUGGGCAAAAAGUUUACAAGUACAAGUAUCAUUAAUUUAAUUUUCAUAUCUGUGUGUUUGGCUUUAUGUUUCUUUUUACUAGUUUUUUGUUAUUCUCUGUGGCAUGCAAACUUAUUUCAUUACCAAAGAGGCAUUAUGCUUUAAAAUCCAGACAAGCUGUGAUCCAAUGUAUAAUGUUAAUGAGAGACUACAAUGUAUAUUUUUUGCCCUUUGUGUUUCUGUGCAGCUGUUACUUAAAAUAUGUCUUGAUAUGGUUGUUCACUGUAAAGUGGUUUGAAAUGAUAGAUUUCCUUUAAGUAUUUUCAUUUUACAGUAAUAGGUCAAGGAAAAAUGCCAUCACUUUAAUGAACAUUGCUUAUUCUUGGGAAUCUUAUUUAUCUUAUCUUUUAAUGUUUGGGGGAUAUUAAAAGCAUUUAUUUAUUAAUCAAAAGUAUGUACUUAUUUACUGUAGAACACUUGUAUUUAUCACAUCAUUGCAUGAAGAAUGAUUUAUUUACUAUUUUUAUUGUAUUAGUUUUUUUACAACCUUAAACAUUUUCAUAUGAGUCAUUUUUAUUUGUUUUCCAUUUUCAUUUAUUUUGUAUAUUCUAAUUAUUAUAACACUUUUGAUUGAAGAUUGUUGGUAUUAAAAAAAAUAUUUUACAAUAGUAUUUUUCUCCCAUUGGUAUAAGCUGUUUAAUAGGAUUUUUUUAUCCCCCACUAAAUCUGCACAUGAGUAACUUAUUAAUACAUAAAAUUAAGCAUGUUUGUACUUAAGGCUACUUAUAAGUGAUUUAUUACCCUGUGGAUUACUUGGUAAUUGUAUCUGAAUCUUGAAAGCCAGAAAAAAGCUUUAUUCUGUGAAUGUACCUAUUAAGUUUAUUGUAAAAAAUGUCAAAAAAAGGUAUGAAUGAAAAGGAGUUUCAUAAUGCAUGAUGUUAACAUUUCGAGUUUUGCAAUUAUUUUUAUUUUCAUUCCUACCUUUUUCAUGAUUCUCAAGGGAGGGUUUUAAUUUUUACAGGAGAUUUUUGUUGGAAAAAGGAGGAUAGGAUGCAUUUGAUAUUUAUCAAUUAUCUGCAUAAUGUUACAGUAGGUACAGACUGAAUCUGAUCUAUCAAAUAUUGCCUUUUGUUUGAAGUACAGAGAAAGGUUAUUAAAACAUGUACUUGGCCUCUAUUCAAAGUGGAUUUCAAAUUAGAUUGCAGGUAUUGGUAACUUUUAUUCAUUUACUGUGUUUUGUAAGAGAGGGGGAGAGGAAGAGGGUGAUAUAUUUAAUACAUUAUGACAUUUGAUACAAAUCAGUUUCUCCAUUUAGGACCAGACAAUCAGAGUAAGUUCUAUUUGUGACCAGCAGUCACUUUGCCAUCUACACACACCCUUUCACAAAACAUACUUUAUUUUAUACAAUAGUAUCUAACAGAUGUAAUCAUAACUUAAAAUAAACCAGACAUAUUA